AUGGAGAGGGCGAGGAGGCCGCAGGUGCCGGCGUUCGGGGAGUGGAACUACUGCUACCACCACUACGGCGAGCCGCCCGCCGCCGAGUGCUACUGCGCCCCGGUGCCGGAGCCAGAGCAGGAGGCCUGCAGCGACGUGUGGUUCAGGUACUCGCCGCCUCCGCGCAAGCCCACGCCCAAGAAGACGAGGAGGCCGGAUGGCGACGUAGCUCAUCGGGAGAAGGGAGGCGGCCGGCGCGCGAGGGCGUCGGAGGCUGGCGGCAUGGCGCGCGCCACCGCGAUCAAGACCAGAGGCGCCUCCGGCUCCAGGGUGGUGCGGCCGGUCGACGAGGACCUGUACCAGGUGCCGCCGCCGGAGCUCGUCAGCUCCCACCGGCCGAGACGGAAGAGGAGGAGCCUGCUGAUGGGAUGCUUGGGCCUCAACUCCUGCGUCGUCUGA